AGCAGAAGAAGACACUCGCAGCUCGGGUUGCUUCUGUGGUUCGCUUCGUUUUUCUUCGCCAUCCUGUGUCCUAGACGUUUUCUCGCUAUAAAGCUGGAUAGCAGGUUGUGAAGAUUGCAAUGCUUACAUUAUCAAACUGUCCUCACACGGAAGACACUUCGGUGGUGCAAUGAAGGCAAAUGCCUCCUCUGUGUGGGCUUCAUGCUGUGGUUUGCUGAAUGAAGUAAUGGGAACAGGGGCCGUCCGGGGCCAGCAGCCAGGUUUUGGGGCAGGUGCUGGACCUUUCCGAUUCGCCCCUAGUGCAGGAUACUCCACAUAUCCGCCUGCCAGCUCAGGUAGCCCCAACCUUGUGUGCAAGGCUUGUGGCCAAGCCUUUUCUGUCUUCAGGAGGAAGUAUAUUUGCUGUGACUGCAAAAAAGGCUUCUGCUCCUUGUGCACGGUACUGCAGGAGAAUCUGCGCAUCUGUGCCACAUGUCAUUUACUGAAGGCAACGUGUUUCCAGCGGCCAAGGCUCAUGCGCCUGCGUGUCAAAGACCUGCGUCUGUACCUCCAGCUACGUAACAUUCCCACAGACACAUGCAGGGAAAAAGAGGAUCUGGUUGAACUGGUGCUGUGUCACCAAGGUAUUGAGGAAGAGGACGACCCAGACACCAACAGCCUUCACUCGCGCUCUCUGUACUCUCCCACCCCAUCUACCACGCAGUCUGCCUCUGAACUGUCCACCCUUGCUGCCUCUCAUGAGCGGCCGCUCAGUGGAAGUGAUAGCUCUGAUACCACCCCAGAAGCUGAUGCGGCAUCAACAUCUCUUCUUCACUUGGAACACACACCUGAGACAAGUCCUCAAACGCGACGCCGGGCCAGAGCCUCUCUAUCAGACAUAUCCAGCCUGGGGGACAUUGAAGACCUCUCUGUGCGGCAGCUCAAAGAAAUCUUGGCCAGGAACUUUGUAAACUAUUCAGGGUGCUGUGAGAAGUGGGAGCUGGUGGAGCGGGUCAGGCGACUGUAUCGAGAGACUGAGGAAAACAGAAAAUCACUGGAAAAUGUGAGCAGUACUGUAACCACAGUAAUGGCCUUACCCCCUCCUAUCUGCAACGGUACUAAUGGAGAUGGUGAAAAGGGUCCAUUAACCAUCUAUGAUGAUAAUCUCUGUCGAAUCUGCAUGGAUGCUGUGAUCGACUGUGUUCUUCUGGAGUGUGGUCACAUGGUCACCUGCACAAAGUGUGGAAAAAGGAUGAACGAGUGCCCCAUCUGUAGGCAGUAUGUUGUGAGGGCAGUGCAUGUUUUUAAAUCGUAACCACUGCAGCACCACAGACUGUAACAAGCUCCAAAUGCAGCUUACUGCUGCAUUGAAUCCAUUUGAGUCAUUCCUAAAUUAAUAUCAUUUGUCUGUGUUAGUGUUUUGAUUCAUAAUUUCUUAAUACAAAGAAUGUGUACCCAUGUGCUUGUAAACAAACUUCAUCAAAUUUGCCUCUAAACUGUACCAAGAAAAUGGCUUGGUAAACUUGUAAAUAAAAAUCCUCAGUUGCUGCAAGUGACAUAUCAUUUAAAAAUACCAAGGGAUUCCACUAUUAGCCACUGGGCAGGAAAACUAGGUGCCAAAACCUCCAGUGCCCUCAAGCAUCUCACUCAUUCCUCCCAUUGGCUGUGGGUCGCUGUAUCAAGAGCACAUUAAAGGAAAGCACUUUUUCUCCAGAUUCAUAAUUUUUACUGCAGCUCAUGCUGGAAGCUGCACACAUUUAAACUUGUGCGCUAAUAAUUUGUUUUGUGAUUAGGCAGAAAUCUUGAUUUUUGUGAACCAUUAUAAGCACAUUUUAUGUAUUGAACUACACCCAAUCAUACUGUUUGUCAUUACAUUGUAAUAAGAAAUUAGUUGAUCAUAGCAAUAGCUUACUUUAGUCACCUUUGUCCUAACUUGGCCCUUAAGUGGCUCCUAACAGACAAACUGGGUGCUAACUAUCUCAUGCCAUCUUCCCUCUAUUUCCAAAAUGAAUUGUGGAUGUGAAUCUUUGAAUGUUAUUUGGAGUGGAAUGGUGCAUUUUGCUUUGAAGUUCAUAGAUUAAAAUAGAAGUGAUGUAUUGGGGAAAAAACACAUUUAUUGACAUGUGGUGUAGUAUGUAUAGAAUAAUCAACUUGCUAAUGUACAUUUGCAUAUAUUGAUCCUUAUGAGAUGUAUAUAACUAUAUUUUUUCCAUUUGAUUUGAAGUGUAUUUUGAGAUUAUUUAGGGAUAUUUUACAGAAUCCUUUGUACCUAUGUAACGGGCUUUAUCCAGAGCAUGACAGUAGCCUGUGCAUUUGGCUAGGUUUGCCACUCUAUAUUCUCAUCAGGGUUUUUCAGUUUAAAAUAUUUAGCUCUGCUGUAAACCACAUUGAGCCACAUGAUGCUGCUACCACAGCUCACAUCAGUUUUGAAUAAUUAACUGCACUUUUCUGUUUGCAGGGGUAUAAAAAUUUGUGCUGCGUUUGGUCUUUGUAUUUCGGAAUGUUGAGCCUUUUAUUUUGGUAAUUAAAUAUUUUAAUUAAAAUAACUACACCAU